AAAAAUUGAAUUGUCCGAAGGUAGCGCGUUUUCCCCUAUCCAUAAAUCAUUCUCUGUUUUCCCCUUCAACAUUUUAUUCUUAAACAUUAUAAAUUUACACAAUUAAAUAAUUAAGUCUAUAAAAUAUUUUAGAGCAAUCACUAUUUUUGAUUGACUAGAGAAGAUGAUCAUACCAAAAGAUUUUAUAACAUAAAAUAUUUAAUUACACGUAAUUAAUUCUGUAAUUAUAAAAAUUAUUUUGCAUGCUUAAUGUUAUAUUUUGUUUCAAUAACUAUUUUUCAGGUAUGACCAGAAAUAGAAUCCCAGUAAUAAACAUAAAAUGAUCAGUAAAAUUACCAGAAAAUUGAUUGAAUUCAGUAAAAUUGGUAAAAUUGUUCAGAACGUUCAGAAACUACUUUUAAUUUUUAAUCAUAUCGUGUUGUCAAGAUAGUUUAUAAGUUCUUAACUUUCCCUUUCUCAACUAUAUUUCAUUAUUUUCAUCUACUGAAAAUUCAUUGUUUAACAUUAAAAAAAUGAUAUUUACGGGACUUGGAAACUUCGUACUGUACAUUUCGUAUUUUACAUGUUCGUAUUGCAUAUUUCGUAUUGCGGAAACUUCGUAUUCUAGGAUAUUUCGUAUUUUACCAUUUCGUAUUUUACAUUUCGUCUGCCAUACAUUUCACAUAAGCAUCAACCAAUAAAAUUAUAAAAUUGCAGUUUUACAAGGUCAAGGACGUUAUGAAACUCGGCUCUGAGUUUAAAGUCGAACUUCAAGUUCUAAUUAUCAGUAGGGGAAGUGCUUAUAAUUUUGGACAGUCUGCUUAUAAGCAUCGAAGUUCCAAGUUUGAAGUGCGAUAUUUUCUAUACUAAUUGACAUUUCUUGUUACUCUCUUUUCAGAAGGGUUGUUUAGAAACUUAGCAAGCUAUUUAUCGUCUCAUUUUUAUUAAAAUUAGUUUUAAUACGUUUAAAAAUGAAUUGAUAAGUAGAGGUGACCUUGGCUCUUAUUUUGGACAACUUGUUUAUUAAUUUGGCCAACUUGGCUGUAAAUUUGGACAGCUAAUCCGCCUCAAUAGGAUGCCCAUUGUUCUUCAUUUGAUGAACCAAUCUUACCAAGUCCUCUUCCUGUUCAUGUAAGGGAAACGUAGAAUGUCACAGAAGCCCGGAAACUUUCCAUAUCAUUCAUUAAAGUGAGUUGACUUCGGUACUCCAAGUACGCUCGGAUUCGCUGAUUCCCUGGCCUUUCCGGGAGCCUUUCAAGGCAUUUCUCGCUACAUCUCUUUCGUAGAGAUGAUGCUCCUUUGUUUCUCCAGGCAUUUGUCCAACCUAGUCAUCACAAAAGCUAAAACUUCACGAAAUUUCGUGAGAAAAACACCUGUCCAAAAUAAGAAUCAUCACCUCACUGGUGAAUGUCUUAAAAAAUUUCCCAUUUUUCACACGAAAAAUAUAAUUCACAAGGCAAAUCUCACUUCAGGUCAAAUGUACAAAUCAUCAGUAACGUGAAUCAACACAAUAUUCAAUGAAUAUUCAAUAAUAUCACUCAAAAACAGCGAACAAACUUUGUUAUUACUUCACCACAGCUAAAUAAGACUGAAGUAAGCCACGAAGUUCUGUCAUAUUUCUCGUAAGCAAUUGCUCACACUGAAUUUUCAACAAAGCAAUUUCAACUCAAAUCAUAUUCAAAAUUUAACGUAUUUAGUGUCUAAAACUUCCAAAAAGAACAAAUAUUUAGAUAGAAUUCAUUUUUCAUCAAAUAUUGGAAUAAAAAUCCAUCAUUUUAAUCAAUUUAUUUUUAGUGUCCAAUUUUACCCUCAAAGUGUCCAAAAUAAGAAACUGUCCAAAAUUAUGAGCACUUACCCUAUCGCCUGUUUGUAGCGAAGGGAAAUUUUCUGUGUUUUGAGAAGUUAUCAGUAUCGUAUGAUUUGAACACGGCACCUUUGUGAUGAUGCUUCAGGAUUUUCUGUUCACGCCUAUAGCUAUACAAAGUACGGUCUAUAUACUUCCUAUAGUCGUCUAUACUCUCUAUACAAAGCAUAUCGGGAACCGUUGCAUCAUUUGAGAUAUUCCAAGAUGAAAUUCUAACAGCACGAUGAUAAAUUUUAAUAGCUUAAUCCUUUAAGGAUGAUUGAGUCACUGGUAACUCAAAAUUGAAUUUAUUCCUAUGGCCGUCUAAAGGUAUGUUUUGCUCUAAAAUGUCAGAAUCCGGCUAGUAAAAAUUACUAUAUCCGGCUACUAAAAUCUACUAUCUGAAUCAUCUGAAUAUUAGAAUCUAGGACAGGCUGGAGGUUAAAUUUAAAGGAAUAUAGUAGAAUUUACCAUCCGGCAAUUGGGUAGUAAAUUCUAAAUAUUCAUGAUAGUAGAUUCUAAAAGAAAGCGUUUAUGAAUAAUGGUAUUUUCUACUAUCUUUUGAGUCAGUAGAAUUUAAAGAUACGAUUUGUAGAAAUUACCAUCCAAUUUUUUCGCAACGUGGUUCGAAUUAAAAUAAAAACUCUUUGUUUUAUUUUACUUAAAAAAAAUACAUUGAUUCUUUCAUAGAUUUUAAAAUCCUGAAUUGAUACCAAUCAAAUUUGAUUUUUUUGCUUAGCGAAUUUAAGGUUUUACUUUUUAUUUGUACAAAGCAUUUAAUAGGCCAAAUAUAGGUAAGGGAGACCGGGGUAACUAUAGCCAGGGGUAGAAUUAGUCAGUGGAUUUUUCUCGUUUUUCUUAAAAUGUACAUCGAGCAAAGUAUUUUUUUAAUGAAAGUAGGAACACAUCCCCUUAUUGUCAGAAAUAUUUAUAACUCUGAUCCUGUUAUCCUACAAUUUAGAAGCAUUUUUAUAAAAUGGGUAUAAAAUUGUAAUUUUGAUGGUACAGUUUUUGCACCAGCAUUUGGUUUUCUGAGUUUCUAGUCAAGAUUUCAUAGUUUUACCUCGUUUCUGGUUCAAUAAACCAAAUUAAAAAAUAUUUUUCACUUGGAUAAUAAUUAUCCAAUUUUUUAUAUAAGAUGAUAAACACUGAAACAGUCCUCGGGGCAGUUGUAGCCACUCUUCCGUGGCGGGUUAAAACUAUUGAUGAUUUUUCACUGAUUGUUAGACGAAAAAGUACUAUUGAUAUUCCAAGCAAUAUUGCCAUUCGGAUGAACAAUUUGUGAAAUAGAUUUUUUCAGGAUGUUUUCAUCAAUUUUGCCGCAAUUACAAAAAUGUCAUAAAAAAGUCGGCUAAAGCCUUUUUUUAGGUUUAAAUGACAUAUUUAGCAUCAGUGGGCUUCAGUGUAUCAAGCGAAACAAUAUUUGGUAUCUCCAGUUUAAAAUUUCGUCUGGAAUUCUGGUGGCAAUUAGCACCCCAAAAAUGGCUAUAUCUUCCCAGGCCGGGGCAAAUGUAGCCAAUGUGUCAUACUUUUUUCAUUAUCCUCUCUAGAAAAACUCAACGAUUUUAGAGCCUUGGACUACACUAUUUCAUACAGCCAAUAUCCUAAUGCUACUUAUGAAAUAUAAAAACAUUAGACAAACCUUAUCAGUUUUUCACAAAUCACGCGCGAAAAAAAAGCUUCAUUUGCUGGCUAAUUAUACCCCUAUCUCCCCUAUUUUUUAUUAAAUUCGCUUUAACCUGGACUAAAUUAGAAUAUCUUUUUCUGACCAUUUUAACUUUUAAUUGACACUGGCAAUGUCAGAAAAAUAAUGUCUAAUUAAUAUGAUUAGCACAUAAUGUGAUUGCACCUUAGAUGAAAUUAAAUUAAUUUAUUUUAAUUUCCUAAAAUUUCGAUACCUAUCUCAAGUCUUUUAAAAAUUUAUAAUUAUCUAAAUUUAUUUUUUUUAUUUUUUAUUAAUUAAUGUUUUCUCUAGUUUCUGCAUUACAAUGAAAUUAAGGUAAUCAUUUUAAAAUAAUUGCAUUGUGUAAUUAGUUGUGGUUAAGAACAGAUUUUUUUCUAUUGUCAAUAAAUUAUUCUAAAAUGAUCAGUAUAUUGCCAAUCAUGCCAAUCAUAUCUCUCCUUUAAAAAUUACGGAGGAUUGAUUCGCUCUCUGCGGUUUUGAGGUUUCGAUGCACAUCAACGUAAAUUUAUUUAAAAAAAAAAGGUGUGAUUAUGACGGAAUGACACCUAAUUGCACCUAACAGGUGUGUCUAAUAGGUGGGCCUACAUUGAUAUAUGACUUUUUCGCGUACUUCUAAAGGAACUUGUGCUUUAAAGUCAUGUAAUUUAGAUAGAUAAAGUAAUUGUGGAUCUAAAUUUAAUUAUGGGAAGGUCCAGCUUUCUUUAGAAAUAUGCGAAAAUAUCGUAUAUCAAUGUAGCCCCACCUCCCCCUAACAGUUUUACUGUUUUUUUCUAUGAUUACAAAGACUUGUGAUGGUAAAUAUUUUAACAUAACUUCUCAUAAAGAUUAAUUUAUUUUAAGUUAAUGAUAUUUUGUCUGUUUCUAUAGAUCAUUGCGUUUUUCUUGCACACCACAAUUUCCAGUGUCAGUGUCACUAUUCACAUUAAAUUCCAUGCAUACUUCUCUGUAUAAAAGUCUAUUAAAGUCUAUAGUUAAAUUGUAUUAGAAAUUUCUAAAAAGUCAUAAAAUAGGAAUUUAGUAUGACACAAGAUUAAAACUGCAAUAAAGUGCAUUCAGUAAUAGAAAUUCAUAAUGCACAGCUUAGAUAACGACCAAGUACUUAAGCAUUGUUCUAUAAUUAUUUGUCUUAAGUCUCAAGUUAUAAACUGAAAAAUUUCAUUUGAAGAUUUCCUUCCGUUGUCUGAGUAAUAGUUUAUCUUUUUAUUGAAUUCUUAUUUCUCAACAUCAUUAAGAAUUCUUUUUUCUACGAGAGAAUUUUACAGCAAUGAACUUGCGUAAUUUAACUGGAGUCUCAGCCUCUGCAAACACCUUGAAAAAUGCUCUCUGAAAAUUUAGCCCAAAGAAAAGCAGAUAGAGAGAGAAUUGUAUGAAAAGCACAAAUAUAUUCACAACUCAAUAAUACUGCUCAAGAGAGGAUCUAUCCAGCAAUUAGUGAGUUUAUUUGCACCUCACAGCUAAUUGAGCAUCCAUUCUCACCUACAUUUUCAUUUACAAAUCCACGCAUAUAUUGCUAUAAUCGUCGCGAUAUGAAUUUAUGAUCAAUGAUAAGAUAUAUGAGAGAGUUCAUUCGAAAUAAAUUAUAUUCUACAGACGUAGAUCACGAAGCUGGAGGUGGGAUGAAAAGAGGCUGAAAAUGGUUUAAAAUUGCAAAUACACAUCUCACGACAUGGAAAAUGUCUCAACACUUUUAAGAAUUUGUUCCAUAUUUAUACAAAAAAAAAUAAUGAAGCCACAAAAAGGCGACAGUAAACCACGAAAUGAUGAUGGAAAAAAUUUAAUCUGCGAUGAUUUUCUUCUCGUGACUUCUACACAAAUAACACGAUCGCGGCUUCGAUUUACUUGGAGCUCUCUACUCAGUUCUGUUGGCUCCACUUUGGGCGCCACACUGUGUCACCUGAAUCUUACUGGAAAAUCCGUUCAAUUUUCCAUUUUACUGUUCAUUGAAUCACUUGAAAUACAUUGUUAAUAUCUUUAAAAGAUAUUUAGUGAAUCUUUGAUAGGAGAUUGUGGGUGAAAAAUGCCGAAAAAUGAAGGGAAAAAGAAGGAAUAUUCUCCAAUCCAGCAAGGAGAACAAGCUCAAGCCAGUUCCAACAUGGGGGCCAUGUUCCGGAGCGAAGAAAUGGCCUUGUGCCAAAUGUUCAUUCAGCCAGAAGCGGCCUAUACGUCCGUUUCCGAGCUGGGUGAGACUGGAGCAGUUCAAUUUCGUGAUUUAAAUGCGGACGUAAAUGCUUUCCAACGCAAGUUCGUCAAUGAAGUUCGCCGUUGCGAUGAAAUGGAACGCAAACUGCGUUACGUCGAGGCUGAACUUAAGAAAGAUGGUGUUUCAGUUCCUGAUCUACCAAUUGAAGAUGCUCCGAGAGCACCAAAUCCACGUGAGAUCAUAGAUCUGGAGGCUCACCUCGAGAAGACGGAAAAUGAGAUACUGGAACUUUCGCAGAAUGCCGUUAAUUUGAAGUCAAACUUCCUCGAGCUUACGGAAUUGCGCCAAGUGCUGGAGAAAACCCAGGGGUUCUUCUCAGAUCAGGAAUCUCUGAAUUUGGACAGCAUGAAGAGCAACCUGAUUGGUGAUGAGUCUGGAACUCAAGCCAGUCAGGCAGGAAGGCUUGGAUUCAUCGCUGGAGUGAUCCAGAGAGAGAAGAUUCCUGGUUUUGAACGCAUGCUUUGGCGUAUCUCGCGUGGAAAUGUUUUUCUCCGUCAAGCAGAACUUGAUCAUCCACUUGAGGAUCCUUCUACAGGAAAUCCCCUGUACAAGACAGUCUUCGUGGCUUUCUUCCAGGGUGAGCAGUUGAAGAGCCGCAUCAAGAAAGUAUGCUCCGGAUACCAUGCUUCCCUAUACCCUUGCCCAAGUAGCCAUGAGGAACGCGAGGACAUGGUAAAGGGUGUCCGUACUCGACUUGAGGACCUCAACAUGGUUCUCAAUCAGACCCAGGACCACCGUCAACGUGUCCUUGCUAGUGUGGCCAAGGAGUUGCCAACAUGGAGUGUCAUGGUUUGUAAGAUGAAGGCAAUCUAUCAUACACUCAAUCUCUUCAAUAUGGACGUCACUAAGAAAUGCUUGAUCGGAGAAUGCUGGGUUCCUGUUUUGGAUCUUCAGAUUGUCCAGAAGGCUCUGUCUGAUGGAUCAGCAGCUGUUGGCAGUACAAUUCCAUCUUUCUUGAACGUUAUUGAGACCAACGAGCAACCACCGACUUUCAAUCGAACCAACAAAUUCACUCGUGGCUUCCAGAACUUGAUUGACGCUUACGGAGUUGCUUCCUACAGGGAGGUUAACCCUGCCUUGUACACCAUUAUUACAUUCCCAUUCCUCUUCGCCAUUAUGUUUGGUGAUCUUGGACACGGUGUCAUUAUGGCCAUGUUUGGUGCCUGGAUGGUGAUCUGGGAGGGUAAAUUGGCCAACAAGAAAGCUGGUGAGAUUUGGAACAUCUUCUUCGGCGGUCGUUACAUCAUUCUGCUAAUGGGUCUGUUCUCCAUGUACACUGGUCUCAUAUACAACGAUAUCUUCUCCAAAGCCAUGAACAUCUUUGGUUCAAGCUGGACAAUCAACUACAACACAUCAACUGUUAUGCAAAAUCCUGAUCUACAGCUUAAUCCUGCCAACGAGGACUACGAUUCUAACAUCUAUCCGAUUGGUCUGGAUCCAACUUGGAUGUUAGCCACUAAUAAGAUUAUCUUUCUCAAUACCUACAAAAUGAAACUGUCCAUCAUCUUUGGUGUCAUCCAUAUGAUCUUCGGAGUAUGUAUGAGCGUUGUCAAUUUCAAUCAUUUCCGCAGACGCUCUAGUAUUCUCCUGGAAUUCCUGCCUCAAAUCAUCUUCUUGGUCUUACUGUUCGGUUACAUGGUGUUCAUGAUGUUCUUCAAGUGGGUCGCCUAUGGCUACAAAGAUGCACCAUUUGUCAAAACAGCGGGUUGUUCUCCAUCAAUUCUUAUCAUGUUCAUCAAUAUGAUGUUGUUCAAGGAAGGCAGUCCCCUGGAUAAUUGCGAAGAGUUCAUGUUUGAUUGGCAAGGAACUCUACAAAUGGUCUUGGUGCUCAUUAGUUUACUAUGCAUUCCUGUUAUGCUGUUGGGCAAACCUUUCUACAUUAUGUCACAGAGGAAGAAGAAGGCUCACGCAGGUCACAAUGGUGAUGUCAACCAAGGUAUGGAGAUGUCUCCUGAGCCAGAGGAGCCCAAACCAUCAACCGCAGCACCAUCAGGUGGUGGCCACGGUCAUGAUGAUGAGCCAAUGUCUGAGCUCUUCAUCUACCAAGCAAUUCACACAAUUGAGUACGUGCUGAGUACUAUUUCUCACACAGCUUCGUACCUUCGAUUGUGGGCUUUGUCUCUUGCCCACGCACAACUCUCCGAGGUGUUGUGGAACAUGGUCCUCCAAAUGGGUCUCAGGCAAACAAGUUACGUAGGAGCUGUCAUGCUCUUCGUAGUAUUUGGAGCUUGGGCUCUGUUCACCCUUGCCAUCUUGGUCAUGAUGGAAGGAUUGUCUGCUUUCCUGCAUACACUCCGUCUUCAUUGGGUGGAGUUCAUGAGCAAGUUCUACGAAGGUCUUGGAUACCUGUUCCAACCUUUCAGCUUCAAGGCCAUCCUCACGGCUGAAGAAGAUUAAAGCGCUUAAGAUCGCUCUAAAAAAGCAAUAUUAGUCGCAACACCUGGAUGUUGUAGCUGUGGCACGAUUUAAUCGUUGAUUAAAUAAAUUUAUUCCAUUGUUGAGCAAUUAAA